CGCGUUCGUCGCGCUGAUGACGUCAGGUCAGUGAGUGCAGCUCAGCGCGGAAUUUAAACACUGGAUUUUACGGAGUACAUUAGCCGGCCUGUUUAUGUUGGACUUGGAGUGAAGUAUUUGGCAUGGUAACGUUAGACAUACAAUCUACCUAUACUUGGGGUGGACUUCUUUCUUUUUGGCCACAUUUUGCAAAACAGUGACGCAAUCAAACAGCACCCGAGGAGUUGUUUGUACUGCCAGCCUUGGCCGUUAGCUGUAACUUCAUUAACGCAGUAUCCUCCUCUCAAAGCACCGAGGAAUAUUAAGUCUUGUGUGGCAAACUAGCUCCAGAUAAGUUUUCUCCUACAGUGUUUUAAAUAUUACUAUUUACUCUGCAUAGGUUUAAGUCGUGUGGGAAAACGCUACUGUUGCUAACACUGACAGGACGAAGUUAGUUAGCCGACAAGCUAACAUGAGAUAGUUUGGUUAACUUACAGACUGACACACCGGCUGUCUAGGAAAUAACAAGUACAAUUAUCUUUUCACAAUGGACGAUAGCUCGUCCUGUUCUUCAGUGGUGGCCGGUCAUUCUCAAGCGUCUUUCCUCCAGAGGACGUUGGAGCGGUUAUCCUCAACACAGUGUCUGAAACUGCAAAGCGAGGAGGCGGCUCCCGUCGCUGUCAUUGCACUUCAGAGGUACCUGUCUGAGCAAACCGAGGGACAGCAGCUGCUCGACAGCUACAGCUACGAUGUGACGCUCACUGACGGAGUGUGGCGGGCAAAAUGCUUUGUUCACCCUGAUUUAAAUCACCUAGUGCAUACAAACAUCCUGAGGACUGGGGCGGACAUCAGCAUCACGCAGUGCUCCUUUGUUUACAAUGAGAGGAUACUGGGACACGGUUACAUUUGCAUCGAAAAGCUCCAGUGUGGUGCAGGAAGAUCUGCCGUCUUGCGCCGUAUAAAGGAUGUCAGUUCACUGCCUGUGUUGGUCAAGCAUGGCAUGGAAAGGAGUGCGGUGCUACAAAGUGAUGUUCCUCUUCAGGUGAGCCGCAAACAUUACCUGUCUCUGUGGAACAACGACGACCCAGAGGGAGACGUGUGGAUCUAUGGGCCUCCCUCAUCUGACACAGUGCUGGACGUGUCCAAGAUUACUCUUCUUAGUAGUCUGGAGUCAUGUUUUAAAAACACAUGGAAACCUCUCCCUCUCCUAGUGAGGAUAAUACACAAAUCCAGAUUAAGAUAUUAUGGGAAGUUUGGGCUCAAGAUUGAUUACCCCUACCAGGCAUACUUUGAAGUUGCUGACCAGAGUGGGACGAUGUCCCUCGUGCUUUGGAACGAACUUUGUCCAGAGUUUUACCAUAAAUUAAAUGUGGGCACAGUGUUGUACCUCCAAAGUUACACCUUGAAGCAGAGUUAUUCAAACCGGUCACACCCGCAAAUGGACCAUCACAGAAUGAAAACCUUUAACUCCGUAGAAAUCUGCCUGAAUCCUCGCAACCCAGCUUCUGUCAUCACUGUGGUAUCACCAAAGAAUGUACUGCCUCAGUGGGGGCUGCCUGAGGUUUCCUAUCAGUUCGUCACCAGAUCAGAGUUGGAAAAAUUAUCCAACAAUUCUGCAUGUGACGUCAUUGGUUUGGUGACAUUUGUUGGUCGCGUCGAAAGAGUUAAGAGUAAAGGGAACAAGGGUCCAGAAAAAUAUUGGACAUAUCGCUGGAUCCAUGCAGUGGAUGGAACAUCUGGCCACCCUUUUAUCCUGGAGGUUUUUUCCUCUUCUCAACCAGAAAUCUUCAGUCGUAUAUGCCCAAUGACAUACCUGGUGUGCACUCAGAUGAGAGUUUGCCAAGUGGAGGGCGCGAUGCCCUAUCUGACGAGCAGCUGCGAGACAGAGACGUUCAUCACAGGCUACCACAAAGGUCAGCCGUAUGUGAGCGACCUCAAAGUGAAGAGCUUCAUCCAGUGGACCAAAACUCUGAAAGACAACGUUGUCCUCCAGAAGACUGCUGUUGGUGGUCAUUACUGCUAUCCUCAUCCCCCCCAGAAAUGUACCAAGUCAAUGGCUGAUGCCUCAGCCCCAACGCCGCUGGUUGCUGUGGCUGACUUGAAGAAGGAGUUAGAGACUUUGCAGUACAGAGAACAUAAAAGACUGGCCAUUCAAGGACAGAUCACAGCAGUGCGCUACAUGAAAAACGCAAAGACCCCAGAGACCCGAGGAACAGAAGAGAGAGAGGUGUCAGAUGUUUCUACUGAGAUGUGUGAACCAGCUGUACCAGUUACACAGCGUGAUCCCUCCACAGAUGAACAGACCUCAGGGGCCAGUUCAACAACUCCCUCCGCCGAGAAAAUCUCAGCAAGCAAAAGGAAAAGAAGAAAUCAAACAAGACAAGCCAUACUGUCCUCCGUGGAUUGUGGUAGCAUGCCAGCAAAAAGGAGGGCUGGACCUAAAAUUACAGACGAAGGACAAGAGCAGGAAGAAGAAGACCCUGGAGAAGAAUCUGAGGCGGCUCGGGAUGUAGAAUGUCGCGUCCAAGUUCACAAUCACGACUCUGAUGUGUCAUCUUGGGAAAGCAGCAGCUGGCUGAAUCAGCGACAAGAAGUGUCUGAACUUUUGUGUCAAGGCGGUCUGUACCAGGAGAGUGUCUCACAAAGGUUCACGCUUGACGAAAAGGACGUCCUCCUGCAGUGGAGUAACCUUCAGCCGACACGGUGGGCACCAGAGCAAACCGCUGACACCAUCCCGUCAGUGAUUUGUCCAGGAUACUACCAAGUAACAAUAUUAGGUAUAAACAAGCAGAUAGCCGCUGAGGCUGCCUAUUUUCCCAUCGUGAGCUCAGAUGAUCCCAGGGCUGUCGGACUGCCUCAAGAUCCCCAUGGAAACACUAUGCUGUCCUGCCUUUCAUCAGGGUUCCUCUGCCCUCUCAGUGAUGCCGCCAUCCACAGUGAGGGGACUCUUCCUGAACCAGUGGAGGUCUUGGCGACUGCCAGUGAGUUGGAGGACAUGCACGUCGUGUGCAUCUUGGACCUUUGUCAUCUGGGUGGAGAUAAGGUGGAGGUCCUGAUCAGCAAAAUGUACAGAGUGACAGAGUUUGGUCUUGAUGAGUAGGCACAGCACAACAAGUGUUCUGUGAGGCUAUCUUGUAGUUAUCAUCAGUGUACAUUAAUCCUGUAAUUAGAAUUAUUUUGGAUAGGAAACUUAGUCAACUUCUUUUAGACCAAACCUCAACUUGUAAAUUUUCUGACUACCAGUUUUAUGUACAGUAAAUGUCACAAAAUGCUUGAAUAACUAUGAUUAUGAGCUUUUGAAGAGAGGAAAACAUUUUAUGACCCAUUAAAACUCAAUACAACUUGUGAA